AAAAGCACUACACGAACACUGCAAAUGUAAGUGAAUAAAUAAAUAAGCAUUAAACUCAAUCGCGUGGAUAUAGGCAUAUUGGAAUAGAGUGGACACAUUCUGCAACUACUGGUGAAGUUAGGUCUGCGUUUAAUCCACCGGUGCUUGUAUUCCGCUUUGACAUGAUUUUGAUCAGUCUGAAGUUGAUUUCGCGUUGCUGUGGAGUCUGUGGAUUGUGCACACGUCUCUUUCAGUUGCAUGCCUCAAAGGACGUUUGUUUCUUACUCAUUUUUGCUAGUUUGCAGGCUUGUUUUUUUUUAGUAAAGUAUCAAGUGACCGAGACAAGUGUCUUGACGUGUCAAAAGGCACAGGCGAAUGUUACGUCGGGGAAAAUCUGGUCGUUUUUCAAAAUAAAACAGACUCUAAUAAUUAAUACAACGGAACGCGGCCCGGUGGUUGGGGACCACUGCCUUACUACACCUGUUAUUUGUUUUUCAUUUCCUGUUUGCUAUUUGAUGUAGAUACCUGUAGGUUUAUAGAUUAACCUUUUGGCUACCUACGCCCAUGUGGGGGCUUGUCAAACUCUCUCUCUCUCUCCCUUUCUCUCUCUCUCACACACACACACGCAUGCAGGCGCGCACAGACACGCCCACACACUCUCUCUCAAUCAUAUGCUACUUGGUUACUUCAACAAUAGAUUUAUGUUUAUGACUUCAACUGCCACUCUUACUACAACGGAAGUACCACACCUCGAACGCCUAUGCAUUGCACUGUCCCAAAGUACUAAUAAAGUUUUAAGGGAUUAAGUCUUAACGUCUCCUAAAAAUGUAAACCCUCCUUUACGAUGUUUACGAUGUGUUUAGGGGUUGUUUAAUCUCACACAGGCUCAGAGCGUAGCCUACGUGCUAGUUUCCUGACUACUUGCCUGCUGUCUUUGCAAUGUCCAAAUUGACAUUUUGCCAGGUGACGAAACUAUCGCCAUUUCGUCACCGCUUGUUCUUUGAUGUCGAGCUGGUAUGUGCCUGGCUUCAAGUAGGCUAUACUUCCGCAGACACAGGUGCGUUUACGUAUCCGAAUCCACCCAUGCAGUAGUGUAUUUCAACUGUUCAUUUUGGGGCGUACACGACCAUGUGUAAUGAAUAAAAGCCGGGAGGCUGGAACUGAUUUCCAAAUAGAGGGCGCAGAUGGAUAUGGAGGUCCAAAUGCUUUCAGGAGAAAACAACUGGAGUGACAGAAUGGAUCACAGAUCGGUGCCGACCCGCAGUGAAAUGAAUCGGAAAAUAUGUCUCUCUUUAACAGCAGUUGUUAUGUUAAAUGCAUUAACAUGCUCAGUGGUAGUCGUUUAUGUCCUUGGUACACAGGCAAAGGCAUCGCCUGCAGAGGAAUUAUCAGACCAGUUCGUCCCGAUGGCGCAAAGGGACAUGGGGCCAGCAGAAACCACUAAAACUAACUCUAAACCUUAUGCGGACCUUCAAGUUUCCGGUUCACUGAAUGAAGAAGGAAUUCUCGGCUGGACACAGAAGAGAGGAAAGCUCCGCAUGGAUUACAACUCCAGCGAAGGAAGCCUGCUCAUACCAGAGAACGGAUUCUAUGUCAUCUACCUGCAGGUGUCCUACCGUUCCAUAGAGAACAUGGAUUGCAGCAGCAAGCAGCAGCAGAUGGGCAGCAGCAAGUUCCUGAGCCAUGAAAUAAGGACACUGAGUAAGAAAUACAGCUUCCAUCCACAGCCCAUCAUCGCUGCUUUGGAGACAGUGUCCUGCAAAGAGGAACCCUGGUGGAAAACUAUGCACAGCAAUGCCAGGGUGUAUUUGGACAAGGGGGAAAAGCUGCAGGUGAAGCUCAGCCCUAAGACUUUCAAACUGCUGGAUAUGGGAGGAAAACCUUGGACAAAAACAUUCUGGGGAGUGUACCUUGACAGCAACGUCAAUUAGGUGCCCCUUUGUUUGGAGGGUUUUAUUUUGAGUAUAGGUCGAAAUGUACAUUAUUUGUAUAGUUAUUAAUGUAUUGUGUAGAGACCAGAUGUACCAAGGGAAGAUGCUGUUCUGGAGAUGCCUGAUUGUAUGCAGUGGUGCACCUGAAUUGGGUAAUCUUUCUAUGUUGGUGAAACCCAGCAACAAUGGCAUUUUCUAUCUGAACUUACUGGGAAAGUAAGUUCCUGAAAGUCUCUGCGAACCAGCAUGGUUGCAGCAUGCACACAUGUGUCUGUGUGUGUGUGUGUGUGUGUGGCAGGCAACCCACAUGACUCACAGCAAUCUAGAUCUGUCAACAAUCUACAAACAGUGAUCUCAGGAAGGGUAAUUUACUAUUCACAUACCACGGUUAUUGUCUACUGCUAUUACCAUGGUCCAUAUCUGGUACAAGGAGUGUCAUUUGUUGUGCCUGGCUGUGAGUGUCCUGCCUGGCCCCUAAGGUUGUGAGGUUUGCCUUUUGUAAGGCAGAAAAUGCUCUAAACAUGAUCAAAUCUGCAAAAUUGACUCCAGAAGGCCAAAGGGCAUCUUUUCAGAGGACCUCUCUGUGAUCCCCUCACACCAAAAGACCUCCAUUGUGUGUAUUCACAGCAACCCUCAUGCAUUGAGUGCCAGCGGAUCUAUUAGCAUGGCCUGGCCACGGUUUUUCUAAUUACCACACCCUGCAUUCAUAACACCUGCUACAACCUCACCCAUUGUCAUAGAGAGAACCUAAGGAUGUGUUUGACAUCUAAGUUAGGUGCAAAUGUAUAUGAAUGUAGUAUAUACAUGUUUGGUCUUUCAUUUAUCCUUGUGGUGUGAGCAGCAGUCUGAUUGUGGUUUCAGUAAAUUCUGAAGUACCUGUCAUAGUUGUAUUAUUUGAAUAGAGUUUUUACUUUAGUUCUGCAUAUUAAUAAGCUUCCAGGACACCUCUGCACUAUAAGGGUUACUAGAGCCAAAUGGCAUAGUCUUAAGACACAGGACAAUACCAUUGGAUUGAUGGUGGAAAUGUAUGUAAAUGGAGAUAAGGGUACUUAACUAACCAUUUUAAGAUAUUUGGGCUCUAAUUCACUCUAACUCUUUCUCUCUGACUCUCUCUCUCAAACUCUUUAUCUGACUCUCUCUAUCUAUCUCUUUCUCUGACUCUCUCUCUCUCUAACUCUUUCUCUGACUCUCUCUCUUUCUCUCU